CCCCUCCCCCGUGAGCUGCGCACCGCCGGCCGGCUGACCCAGCGGCCCGCGUCCGCGCCCUUGUCAGCCCGACCCCGCGGCGGGCUCCAGGCGGCCGGCAGCAUGAGCGGCGGCGGCGACGUGGUGUGCACCGGCUGGCUGAGGAAAUCGCCUCCCGAGAAGAAGUUGAGGCGCUAUGCCUGGAAGAAGCGAUGGUUUAUCCUGCGGAGUGGCCGGAUGAGUGGUGACCCAGAUGUUCUGGAAUACUACAAGAAUGAUCACUCUAAGAAGCCCUUGAGGAUCAUCAACCUGAACUUCUGUGAGCAGGUGGAUGCAGGCCUGACCUUCAACAAGAAGGAGCUGCAGGAUAGUUUUGUGUUUGACAUCAAGACCAGUGAGCGCACCUUUUAUCUGGUGGCCGAGACGGAGGAGGACAUGAAUAAGUGGGUCCAGAGCAUCUGCCAGAUCUGUGGCUUCAAUCAGGCUGAGGAGAGCACAGACUCCCUGAGAAACAUGUCCUCUGCCAGUCACGGCCCCCGCUCUUCUCCAGCUGAGCUCAGCAGCUCCAGUCAGCACCUUCUUCGAGAACGCAAGUCCUCAGCCCCAUCGCACUCCAGCCAGCCAACCUUGUUCACCUUUGAACCCCCUGUGUCCAACCACAUGCAGCCCACCUUGUCCACCAGUGCGCCUCAGGAGUAUCUCUACUUGCACCAGUGCAUAAGCCGGAGAGCGGAAAAUGCAAGACUCACUCAAAGGAGUGCCAGCUUCUCUCAGGGCACCAGGGCCUCGUUUCUCAUGAGGAGCGACACAGCUGUACAGAAACUUGCCCAGGGCAAUGGACACUGCGUCAAUGGGGUCAGCGGUCAAGUCCACGGCUUCUAUAGCCUCCCCAAGCCAAGCCGGCACAAUACAGAAUUCAGAGACAGUACCUACGACCUCCCCCGGAGCCUGGCCUCCCACGGCCACACCAAGGGCAGCCUUACAGGCUCUGAGACCGAUAAUGAGGACAUAUACACCUUCAAGACACCCAGCAACACUCUAUGUCGGGAGUUUGGGGACCUCCUGGUGGACAAUAUGGACGUUCCAGCCACCCCACUCUCAGCCUACCAGAUCCCUAGGACAUUCACGCUGGACAAGAACCACAAUGCCAUGGCAGUGGCCACUCCUGGGGAUUCGGCCAUAGCUCCCCCACCCCGGCCCCCCAAGCCGAGUCAGGCAGAAACACCUCGAUGGGGCAGUCCUCAGCAGAGACCUCCAAUCAGUGAAAGCAGCAGAUCCGUCUCUGCCGCUGCCACCAUCCCCAGGCGCAAUACCCUCCCGGCGAUGGACAGCAGUCGGCUCCACCGAGCUUCUUCCUGUGAAUCCUACGAGUACCCCCAGCGAGGAGGAGAGAGUGCAGGCCGGUCUGCUGAGUCCAUGAGUGAUGCGGUCCGUUCUUUCCUGCCAGGGAAAACAGUUGUAGGCCGAUCAGAUAGCACCAAUUCUGAGGACAACUACGUGCCCAUGAAUCCAGGUUCCUCCACCCUGCUGGCCAUGGAGCGAGCAGGUGAUAAUUCCCAGAGUGUCUACAUCCCCAUGAGCCCAGGACCCCAUCACUUUGAUGCGCUUGGCUACCCCUCAACAGCCAUUUCUCUGCACCGGGGCCCCAGCCGAGGGAGUGAGAUCCAGCCACCCCCUGUCAACCGCAACCUCAAACCUGACCGGAAAGCAAAGCCAACACCACUUGACCUGAGAAACAACACUGUCAUCGAUGAGCUCCCCUUCAAGUCACCUGUCACCAAGUCUUGGUCGAGGGCCGUUCACACCUUCAACUCCAGCUCCUCCCAGUACUGCCGCCCCAUCUCCACCCAGAGCAUCACCAGCACGGACUCCGGAGACAGCGAAGAGAACUACGUCCCUAUGCAAAACCCAGUGUCUGCGUCUCCCAUCCCCAGCGGCACCAGCAGUCCGGCCCCUAAGAAGAGCACGGGCAGCGUUGACUAUCUGGCCCUGGACUUCCAGCCAAGCUCCCCCAGCCCCCACCGCAAGCCGUCCACGUCCUCUGUGACUUCCGAUGAGAAGGUAGACUACGUUCAGGUGGACAAGGAGAAGACCCAGGCUCUGCAGAGCACCAUGCAGGAGUGGACGGACGUGAGGCAGUCCUCGGAGCCUUCCAAGGGCACCAAGCUGUGACACAGGGGCCACCAAGUCUGGGGAGGCGCCUGGAGGUAGAGUCACCGGAGCUGGCUCCUCCCCCUUCUGCCCCCGCCCCCUUCUCUCCAGUUGUCCCCUCCACUCUGGCCUUCAAAGCACUUGAUGUCAGGGACCCUGAACCCUUCUCCUGGGAGGUGAGGGCCUGAUCAAGGCACUACUCUGCCCACUCAGGGCCCACCUUUGAUUUUUACCAGUAAUGGCCAUCCUCUACCCACCUUAGUUAGAGCUAUUGCCAAAAAGCAUCCUUCAGCCUCUUUCUGUCCUUUAGACCUAAAUACCUACUAGGCGUUGGGAGGGGCUGGGGCUCUGAGCCAGAUUCCACACCUCACAUACGGUCUUGGCCCUCAAGCCCUCUUCCCUCCAGCUACUGGGCUACCUCUCCUUAAGUCCCACAAGAUGCCACGUCAUCUCGCUGGUCCAAGGAGCCCAGGACCAGCAGACCAAAGUGGACAUGGACUUCUUCAUCCUUGUCUUUCUUGGUAGGGGAGAGGCAAGGCCACCAAAAGAUGGAGUUGAGAAGGAAGGUUAGAGGUGGUCUUGAGGGACAGAGGAAUGAGAUCCCAGGUGCAGAAGGCAGUUGAUAUGGGCAGGGGCCUCCUAACUUUGUAGCUGUUGUAAGUUGGGAGAGCCAGAAGAAUGAGGACCAAAGGAAGGAAAACGGAGGACAGGCAACCAGAAACAAGGGGCAGGGGGUGACAAGGACCCUGUGGAGUCAGGACCCCCAGGACUGUGGAGCUUACAGGCCCUCUUCCCUGGGCGUACCCGCUAGAGGAGGCUUCGACGGUGCUGGGUGUGCAGUGGGGGGAGGCAAGUGAUGCAGGGUCGGGAUGGAGCGUGGGGUGGACUGGAGGUGCUUUAGGGCCGUAUACCGUAGUGGGGAGGGUGCAGCAAGUGAGUUUGUGCAAGACAGGCGGUGGGGGUGGGCAGAUGACUGACAGAUGGGAGGCAGGGUAAGGAUGGUGGAGGUGGACAGUGCCUGGGGAUGGAGAGAGGAGCAGAAAGCGAAGGAGCCACGUGUGCAGGGCAGACCGAGGGCAGCGGGGAAAGCAGGCAGGGGAGAGUGGUGUCCCCAAGGAUGGGUAGGAGAGCAGGGGCUCGUGCCAGGGCCCAAUGGAGGUACGAGUGUGGUUCCGGGAGCCCAUAGUGCUUGCCCGGUUCGUCUUAACAGCUGUCGCUCCCUGCUAGCCCAGUGCCACACUGGACUCAGACCUGACCCUGCAGGGUACAGGAGGCAGGACCUCACCCCCAGGUACUUUCUGGCAAGCUGGGGAGGAGGGACCCAAAUCUUCCAGAGUUGCAGAGUAACUGGGCAGAUCAGAUGUUUCGUCCAACCAUGGAUGAAGAGACCUUCUUCCUUUGGGAAAAAAAUAAAAGACUUCCCACCCUGCCUCAUGGAGGUGGCUACCGGUCACCUAUCAGCCCUUGCGAGCCCACACCUGGCCCUUCUCUAAGAAGCUCUGACCUGGCAGAAAUUAUUUUCUCAACAGUAGCCCGUCUCCUAACUCAGCUGCAUUUCGUAAUGCCUGCUGGGGCCAGGUUCUGGAAACACCGGGAUUAAUCAGUUGGUGCGCUUGAGAAGGCAGGGGUGGCAGGAGGGCACUGGACAUUGGUAACGGCUGUGAGAGACUGGAAAUAUUGAUGGAGAGCACAGGCAACAAGGCUACUUCUUCAGGAGGUUGGUGCAGAGCAGGCCGGAGGAGGUGGUAUCUAGGAAAAGGGGGUGCCAAAGAUGGAGUUUUCUAGGGGAGGGCAGGGCUGGGGGGUCCAAUGGAGGAAGAAGGAAAAAAGCUUGGAAAGCCUUUGGGAGUAUGGGUCCAAUCCUUCCCAAGCCCUGGGGCUGGUGGCAGUGACCUAUACCGUGUCCUGUAAGGCCCUCUCCAAAGAGUCUCCUAGGGCAGAGCAUUUAAUGGUGCUCCCCCUUAGCCCCAGGAUGCCCUAAUAAUGUCAGCACUUUUAGAACGUACCACAAUGUGAGUGAAAUUGGCUGCAGUCUUUAGAAACGGAGGUGUUCAGGUCUGAUGUCCAAGGAGGCCUCGUUCGGGCUCUUCGUUCCUGUACCUCCCAGACCCUUGGGCUGGAAGUGGGGGAGGAGGGCAGGAAGCAUAAGGGGAAAUGGGCCUGUUGAAGGUGGAGACUCCAGCUGACAGGCUUCAAACUGUCAGGUGACCAGUAUACAUCUGUCAGUUCUGUUUAAAAAGCUGAUCAAUGGCCCUCUCCCUGGUGGCCUGGCAAGGAUAGACCCCAGGUUGGGGAUGCCUUCCCAGCUGGCACAGCUCCCACGAGGACUCCUUGGGCCCGGGGCUCCACCUCUGCAGAGUUCAACUGGAGCAGGAACAAGCAGAGUGGGAAGGAGGGUUGCAGAGCAAUGGGCAAAAAAAGCCGGGUGUGAAGGGGCCACCAUCUUUGAAAGGGUGUUAGAUUAGCCCCUGAGGCCCUUCCACGCUGAGCUGUGCCAAGGGAAAACUCCCUGCUCUGGAACAUCUUUCCCAGGGUCUGGCUCACCGGGGAGGGGCAGCACCCAAGUAUUCAUCAGUUAACCCAGCCCCCUCCCCGAGAUGGACUUCAGUGACCUCUACAUUGGAAACCCUUCAGCUAUGCCCUGUUCCUAGGAGAGAAGCACAACUAUUCUGGAGCGAGUGGAGCAAGGGCUCCACUCCAGCCUGCCCUCUGGCCCCUUUAUCUGCUGCAGGGCUACAGCCUUGGCCCCAAGCCCUGGCUGACCAGUCUCUCCCCCUGACCCCCUUUUGACAGAGCUCUGGACUCCAGAGGACAGGGUGGAGGCAAGUUAGCACUUGGUCUACAAAGAGGGAAGCGAGGCUGGGCAUGUAAGCUCUGAAGCUCCUUCUUCUCUGGAGAGCCUGCAUUCUGGAGCUCCCCAAGCUCCCUGGAUGGCCUGAGGGGCCCCCUGGAGAUUCAGGAUGUCAUGUGAUAGUUGGUGGUGUGUAUUCUUGUGUGUUGGUUACACGUGUCUUGAAAUUUAGAAUCAUGUCGCACAGAAUUGUCUAUUUGUUGGGAAGAGAAAAUGGGCUGGCAGCCCAGUCUUAGGUUCUUGCCCUGUUAGACCAUUUAAAAUUGACAUUUAAUUUUUCAAAUCACUGUUGGUGCCUAAUCACUUAAGUUAUUAAUUUAUUCUGUUUUCUUUAAAAAAAAAAAUUUGUAACAUGUAUUUAUCCUCUGUGAGUAGGGGUGGGGUGGGAGUGUGUUCCAGUGGGUCCUGUUUUUGCUGUGGUGACACAUGGUACAGGCCUGGAGCUUGCAGGUCCCUUUUUACUGUGGUGUUGGAGCAGGACAACAAUAAAGUCCAUUAGAAGCAAA